AUGUCUAGCGACUCACAAUCACCAGCAGAGGUCACCGGCCCAACAGUAUUCUGGAUCCUUGCCUCUCUAGCAUCAGCAGCAGCAGCUCAACCAUCUGGCAAUAGAAGAAUAGACAAUGACAUCUUCGGAGGCAACGUCGAUAUCGUUCGCUCUAUCCCCGCCGUUUGUCUCAUCGAUUCAAUUUUCGACUUAUUGGUACUGGCCCGAGGUAUUUCCAGAUUUUUCUCAUCACAUAAUUCUACUCAACGAACUCGUCGCAACUCACCAAAAGCGGCUGGCCUGGUCAUCAGAUUAGCCUUGACGAUAUUUACAGUCCUGCCUCAGACCAUCAAAGUCUUUAGUCUCCAGGGCGUACCUGCGACGCAAAUAUGUGCAUUCAUAUUCUUCUUUGGCACUAUUACCAAGCUCUUGGUAUCCAUUUGUGGAUGGGAGCCGGAAGGGAACCCCCAAGAGAAGGAUAAUUCAACCUCAACUGACGUCUUCUUGUCCUCAGUACUCCAGGCGCCAUUCGAGGUCUGGAUAUGGUUCAAUAUCAGCCGCCAAGUCUCCUUCAAACUUUCCUCUGAUCUGUUAAAUCUUUGCGACUGGGCCACGAUAGUUGUUAGCUCCUCUAUUAUAUUGCAAAUCAUGGUAUAUAGUACCGAUGCGAGGCUUUUGCCUGCUCAUGGCGGUCCUUGGGCUUGCAAGACAGCCUUCUUCGAGGGAUACAUCGCAAACGGCGAUCAAGCCGCCACCGAGGUGGAUGGAUGUAUUCAAUUAUAG